AUGUACUGUAACCGUCGGAUGGGCAGUUACUUUGAUCCAAAGGUUGGGGUUCAUGUAGGGGUUGAUGUAGGGGGCAAAAGCAAAGUUCUUUCAUUUCCAUUUUCUUUUUCAUUUUCCAUUUUGUUUUUCCAUUUUCCAUUUUCAUUUGAGUUGGUGAAACCCAUACUGUACAUUUUGUUCACUGUGGUGUACAUUACUCGAAGUCUGCCAUUGUUGGAGUUGUUACAGGGAGUGUCAACGGUGUGGAGGGUGAGGUGUUGCAAGGAUUGUGCAUUUCUGUGUGGAGUAACUGGAGUUGUUGGUUUGGUUUAUAAAAUGGUAUUUAAACGGAAGAGGGGGGCUGCAGACAAAAAGGAUGCAGCAGAGAUAAAGAAGAAGGAUCCGAAGGAAGCUUGGCCGAAGUACUACCAAGCCAAUUUCUAUGCUUAUGCUGAUGCACACAAAGAGAAACCUAAAGCAGAUGUGCUUCGUAGUUUUAAGGAGCAAUUCAAGCUUCUUAGCGAUGAAGAGAUUGAGAAUUGGGCUGCAUACGAAGUCGAGGCUUCCCCCUCCAAGGUUGGUGGUAGAGGGAAAGGGAAGAAGGUGAAGGAGACAUUAUCUGCUGAGCCAGGGAUUGACAACAACGAAGGUGUGGGGGACGUUCAAGUUUCUGGUCGUUGCUCAUUCGAGCGUUUGGGGAGAAUAGUCCCACUGCUCAACGAGGGUCAAAAAGAAAUGGUGAGAAAUGCCGGUUUCUCAACAUUUUUAAGGGAGGAUGCCCCGUACAUAGACGCUAAGAUAGUUAGUUGGCUGAUCGAUCACGUGGAUCCAACCACUUCUCGGCUGGAGAUAUUUGGAAGAACAAUCCAACUAUCCGCCAAGCUGUUUGAGGAUGUCAUGGGAAUCCGGGAUGGCGGAGAACCCGUGGCAACCGAAAGUGAGCGUGACCUGGUUGAGUUUGACGUCCUCUUCAAGGCCAAGGACUAUAGGUAUUCCCUGACUUUGCUGGAGAAUGAGCUCAGGGAAACCAGCCGACGUUGA